CCUCAGCAACUCCAGGAAAGCGGAUCGCAGGGGAUAUCAUUCAAAGGAAUAAAGGCAGCAGAAGGUGGAGGAGGAGGAGUAGACUACACAACACCAACCGUCAGAGUUGUCCAGGGAAGAGGGGUCUCCCCAAAACCUGAGCUAUGAGUCGCAGCAUUGUGCGGCAGAGCAAGUUUCGCCACGUCUUUGGCCAGACGGUCAAGGCUGAGCAGGGUUACGAUGACAUCCGUGUCUCCAAGGUGACUUGGGACAGCUCCUUCUGCGCUGUCAACCCAAAGUUCCUGGCGGUGAUCGUUGAAUCCAGCGGAGGAGGAGCGAUCCUGGUCCUGCCCCUCUCUAAGUCAGGUCGGGUGGAUAAGAACUACCCGCUGGUGAACGGCCACUCUGGACCUGUCCUCGAUAUCGACUGGUGUCCUCAUGACGACAACAUCCUGGCCAGCUGCUCGGAGGACUGUACUGCAAUGGUGUGGCAGAUCCCAGAUCACUCACUGACCCGCCCCAUCUCCGACCCCGUUGUGGUGUUGGAGGGACACUCCAAACGUGUCGGCAUCGUCACCUGGCACCCAACCGCACGCAACGUACUACUCACUGCGGGCACUGAUAACCUCAUUAUAAUUUGGAACGUGGGGACGGGGGAGCCCAUCAUCUCCAUGGACGACCACCCAGACCUAAUCUACAGCAUCGCCUGGAACCGAAACGGCAGCUUGUUUUGCACCACCUGCAAGGACAGGCGUCUGCGUGUCUGCGACCCCCGCAAGAGGGAGGUGGUUGCGGAACGUCUGGCUCCACAUGAGGGGAUCCGGCCAAUGAGAGCCAUCUUCACCAGAGACGGAAACAUCUUCACCACAGGAUUCACCAGAAUGAGCCAGAGAGAGCUCGGACUCUGGGACCCAACAAAUUUUGAGGAGCCCAUUGCACUGUUGGAGCUGGACACAAGUAACGGAGUGUUGUUACCGUAUUACGAUGCAGACGCAAACAUGGUCUACCUCUGUGGAAAGGGGGACAGCAGUAUCCGUUACUUCGAGAUCACAGAUGAGCCGCCAUACGUCCACUACCUCAGCACCUUCAGCAGUAAGGAGCCCCAGAGAGGGAUGGGCUUCAUGCCCAAAAGAGGUGUGGACGUGACCAAAUGUGAGAUCGCCAGGUUAUUCAAGCUCCUUGACAAGAAGUGUGAGCCCAUCUCGAUGACAGUACCCAGAAAAUCGGACCUCUUCCAGGACGACCUGUACCCAGACACGGCGGGGCCCGAGCCCCCCAUGGAGGCUGAAGAGUGGCUGGAUGGCCGCGACGAAGAUCCAAUUCUGGUGUCCAUGAGGCAGGGCUAUGUGCCGCCCAAGAGCCGAGAGCUCAAAGUGGCAAAGAAGAACGUGCUGGACUCCAAACCCACCACUCGACGCAGCAUGUCCACUCUGGACACCAACAGUCUGCCGCAUGACUUGCUUGAGAGGUUGCUGGAGGAGAUUCAGAACCUGAAGGCUACAGUUUUGACUCAGGAGAAGAGAAUCUGUGACUUGGAGAAUAAGCUUUCCCAGUACACCAAUGGCACUGACUGACAUGCAUGAAACACACUUUUUGAAGAACUGGUCUAAAUUUCAGAAUAAAUAUCUAUAUAACUGUUAUAGAAACACGUUUCCCUUGUAAUGACAAGGAACCACAAAUACUCCAUCAGUGCCCCUUGCCCCUUUAAAAGGUACUAUUGUGUAAGAAUAUGAAUGUGGACGAUGUAAAGUAAAACUGAUGGUCCAACAAAUUUAAAGAAAUUACAUCCAUAUCUAGUGUAAUUGUUUUGUGGCCAAUUCUUUAUAAUCCACAUUCCAGUUUUAACAUAAUUUACCUAUGGCAAAAAUAUUUUAAUAUAUUCACACCUAUUCAGUGAUUUGUAAAGAAUGAGAAGAGUACAAAGUGGAGUGAGGGCGCCGUAGGUUAAAAGGGACAUGUGCAAGUUGGAUUAAAUGUCUGGAGAAAGUCAAUACUGGCAGAAAAGCACACGU